AUGCUUACCAGCGUGCGCCUCACCUUGCUCCGCGAUCCGCCCCCACCGUCAAGGCAUUGGAAAGUCACGUCUGAAGUGAAAGGGCAAGCUGUAAUGACCUCGGCUGGCCGCAGAAGUCACUCCACACAAGACAGACGAAUCACUGCUCAAGGCCAAGGUGCGGGUGAGGCUAUGAAGCACAUUGGCCCAUUCCCAUCGACUCGAAUUGUGGCCAAGAGACAUCUUCCCUGCAUGGAGAAGCGAUGGUCCUCCUUUGUCGACCUUGUUACGAAUGUCUGCAUUAGUGCCUUGUACGACACAGGGUCCCUAGGUCGUAGCAGCGGAGGAAAAGCCCGGAAAUCGCCACUAUCGUCGGAUAUGCAGGCAGGCAUAGGAAGCAGCCUCAAACGGGACUAUCUGCGUGCUUGGUCAGCACCGGAGACGCUCGCCGGCAGCGCCCAGGAUGCUGUCUGCCGAGUAGAUUGUCAAUCACGGGCAGGACAGGCACAUUCUGCGGAAGAGAAGCCGUUGCCGCUGCAGACGUGCAUAUCCACGCGAGAAACAGUAAGAACUUUGAUGGGUCAACAUGUCGUUUGA